UGAUAAAUCGAUCUGUACAUGACCAAAAUCAUAGUACGAUGUAAAUUCUCGUAAGGCAGAUAGUGAGGUUUCGGAUUAUAUCAGGGUACCGGAAGUAAAGAUGGGAGAAAACAAUAACAAAUGUCUGUACUGUGUGAUCGGGACGCUGGUAGUGAUUGGAGUUAUUUUACUCGUCAUCAUUCUUCCGCUUAGCUUCGUAACUUUAGAGUACUAUGAGUAUGGGUUUGCAAAGGCGCGGAGUACGGGAACAGUGGACACAAGUACAGUCUACUCUGGGGGUAAACAUUUUCUUGGCCCUAACUACGAGUUCAAGAAGUUCAAGGCAGAUGCGCAUUACCUGGAUCUGAAAGAAAUUCGAGUUUUUACUGCUGAUAAACUCGAGGUAUCAAUUACUGCGCAUGCACAGUAUUUCUUGCGUCAGGAUGAACUUCCUCUUCUUCAUGAUGCAUAUGAUAUUUACUACGAGGAUGUCAUGAAAACGAGUGCAGUCGACGCUCUCAAAGGCGCAAUACCUAUUUAUGUGACUACGGAAUUAAUUACCAAACGACCCGAGAUCGAGAGGGUGAUAUACGAUGCAGUAAGACAGAGGCUUGGUGGGAAAUGCUGCAGACCAAAUUGUAGAGCGUAUAAAGACGCGUGUCCAGCAGGGUGCAAAGCACGCACCACAUGCAAGGACUCUGACAAAGGACUCAACGUUGAUGUAAAAUACUUCCAACUGACCAACAUCGUCAUAACAAAUGACGUCAUGGAAAGACUAAUGGAAAAGCUUCUUCAGAUCGAGAAAAACCUCAGGGAGAAACAUAUCCAGAGUGCGACCGUCAUUCGGAGACAAACAGCCGGAAUGGUUGCAGAAAUAAAAAAUCAAGCGAAGGAAAUAAGAGAAACUGCGACGGCCGAGUCACAGAAGGUUAAAGUUGUAUCUGGAGCAGACUACACUAGCACCGUGGAGAAAGCAAGAGGAGCUGGUCUUAGACAGUUGUACACUAGUCUGGGGAUCAACAAAACAGAGCACAAGAACAGUUUCGACUAUCUUCGCACACUUAGAGGACUUGAUAACAUUCACCUUACCAUAGAUUUCCAACAGAGGAUUGCCGGAACCUUAAAAUAGGAUACAACACAGCUCUUUGAAAAAAACAUGAAUUUAUAUUUUUACGUUGCACUCAGUUUAAGAAAGUUGCAGUUUAAAUGGCCUCUAACGUUUUGCUGUACAAAUAAGAUAAUGGCCAUUUUGUAUAAUAUAUUAUACAAAUACUUAUUAUCCAUAUUUUUCGUAACAGUUUUUUUUUUUUGGUCAUUUUUGUUUUAAAAACUUCAAAAAAUUCAAACUGAAAGGGCGGUUAUGGCAGCUUUACAGUUAUUUCGAACAAUUAUGCUUGUUGUCUUUUCUAGCCAGACCACUUUGUAUUUCAAGUACCUCUUGUGUGAAUUGUUCACUUAUAUAGAUAUUAUGAAACGUUGGUACAUCCGACCGUCAGCUUAGCACAGAAAUGAUAUACAAACAUGAUAUUUUGAAAUCUUACAGAGCUAUGCAUUGUUUUAUUUCGCACGUGGUCUCGGAACUGGCGGUAAUAUUACUCAUUUCAUUCAUGCAGUGGUCUUGUAAUGAAAUUUUUUUUGUUGCCUUUGUUAAAUUUGUUAAAACGAAAUGAUGUUUUCACACAAUAUGAGAUAACUAUGUUACUUAUACUUAUUUCUAGACUAGCCACUAGACUGAUAAUAAAUAUAUUUCUACAUUU